AUGCGCCGUGUACCGCGUCUCCGGCAGCCGAGCCUGCUCGCGGCGUCCCCGAUCCAGUGCACCUGCACCGCCGCGCCCGCGACCCUCCCCAUCCAAGCGACGGCACGAAGGACCCUCUCAACGACACCUGCGACGCACAACCGCUUCCGCAAGGCGCUCUGGAAAGGCGGCGAGGCACCCGGCCCGGAGGACCCCUACGCGCCCGAGUCGUCGCAGUUGCUCCGGCAGCAGCAGCUCGAGCGCGAGCUCGCCGAGGCCGAGGCUGAGCUGGCGGCAUACGAGGCCGACGCCCAGCACCACGUCAAGACGCAGAAGAGCGACAAGGAACGGAAGCACGUCACCAGCCGGCUGACGAACAAGAUCAAGAACCCGCGUGUGUGGGCGCCGACGGAGAAGGAGGUCGAGGCGCAGGGCUACGUGCCGGCCAAGACCAUGGACGGGCUCGAGGAGAUUGGCGGGCUCGAGGGGUGGUGGGAUCAGGAGGGCAAAUGGGGCAAGGAGAGCCAGUACGUCGCGUUCGCGCGGACCGACAAGGUCCUCGACGCCGAUGUGUGCGAGGCGCUGGUGAGACAGGCCGUUGUCGAGGUGCUCGCCGUCAAGGGCACACGGCAAGACCGCUUGACGGGCACGUGGGCCAAGGGCGGCCGCAAGAACUUUGAUCGCGCGAUGGCGGUGGGCUUGGUUCUCCAGGAGGACGGAAGCCUUGCGCUCAAGGGCGAUGCCGAGGUCACCCACGCCAUUGGUCGCGUUUCCACCAUCGAGUCCAAGGAUGCCGAGCACGAGGCGUACCUUACGCCCGAGGAGGCCACGGAGAGAGUCAAGCAAUGGGACCCGAGCUGGAAGAGCGCUUCAUUGCAAGACGCGCACCUCAAAUUUGCUGUAAGUCCAUUCUUCGCCCCGCGUUCCGGGGGACCGCCGCCUAACAGGGAGAAAACACAGGUCCACAAGCGCGUCUUCCAAUUGACGGGCCACCACGUCCACGACGCCAAGCUCGCGCAGGUCAACACGGUGGCUGACCUCAUCAGCACCAUCGUCAAGCCGCCCAAGCCGACAAAGGUGGCGGAGGCGGUGCGCGAGCGCGGCGAGCUGCUCGAGCUGCCCAACGUGCGCGUCCACAACCGCCGCGUCACGCCCAUCGACAAGGAGACGGCCGUCGGCCGGUGGAAGGUCAUUACGGAGGAGCUCGAGAAGCGCGGCCUGCCCGUCACGGGCCACGAGCACCUCCCCAAGCCGGUGCAGAGGAAAUGGAUCCAGGGCCGGGCGUAA